AUGCGAGAAGACAUCUGUGCUCUCUGCUCUCCUGACUCAGCCUCCGUAGACGUGCCGCGCUCCGAUUGGCCGGGCUACCCCCCACCACUCGGCGCUCGGCGCUCGCUCUACACACCACUGUCCGCGCCCAGGGCGCAACCAACGGAAGCUGCUAAGGCAGAAGUGGAAUCACCGAACUGCUUCAGGUAUGCCCUGGGGAUCUACCCCAACCUGGAGCUCACCCCAGGAGAAGAACAAACAGCAGCAGUCGCAGAGUCCCGCUCGGUGCAAGCCGACGACGGGACAACCACCGGCCUGGACAUGCAGCCUACAGCCGCCAACGCCAUCGCCAUCGCCUGCCAGCCAGAGCCCACAGCAGCAACACCCAUGGACUUCGAGACACAGUCACGGAAGCAGAAGAAGAACGAGACUCCACCCGCCGCCCCUACGUCAGAAGACAAACCAGUAAGCAACCGCAAGAGAGUCAAGGGGACUACCGACUCCGAGGGUUUCACCAGGGCCACCAGAACGGCGCCACCCAGGCGCACCACGACCGCCGACCCGCCGCCGCUAAGGAAUGUCUUCCAAGUACUGGACACAAGUGAGCAGACGAGCAGGAACACGCCGCCGGCUGCAAGCGCACCAAACAAGUGUACAAGGCACACCAACAGGCACCUGCAGCCAACCGCAACGCAGCAACAAGGCAAGAGGCCGCCGCCGGGCCGACAGCCGCCGCCGGGCCGACAGCCGCCGCCGGGCCGACAGCCGCCGCCGGGCCGACAGCCGCCGCCGGGCCGACAGCCGCCGCCGGGCCGACAGCCGCCGCCGGGCCGACAGCCGCCGCCGGGCCGACAGCCGCCGCCGGGCCGACAGCCGCCGCCGGGCCGACAGCCGCCGCCGGGCCGACAGCCGCCGCCGGGCCGACAGCCGCCGCCGGGCCGACAGCCGCCGCCGGGCCGACAGCCGCCGCCGGGCCGACAGCCGCCGCCGGGCCGACAGCCGCCGCCGGGCCGACAGCCGCCGCCGGGCCGACAGCCGCCGCCGGGCCGACAGCCGCCGCCGGGCCGACAGCCGCCGCCGGGCCGACAGCCGCCGCCGGGCCGACAGCCGCCGCCGGGCCGACAGCCGCCGCCGGGCCGACAGCCGCCGCCGGGCCGACAGCCGCCGCCGGGCCGACAGCCGCCGCCGGGCCGACAGCCGCCGCCGGGCCGACAGCCGCCGCCGGGCCGACAGCCGCCGCCGGGCCGACAGCCGCCGCCGGGCCGACAGCCGCCGCCGGGCCGACAGCCGCCGCCGGGCCGACAGCCGCCGCCGGGCCGACAGCCGCCGCCGGGCCGACAGCCGCCGCCGGGCGGACAGCCGCCGCCGGGCGGACAGCCGCCGCCGGGCCGACAGCCGCCGCCGGGCCGACAGCCGCCGCCGGGCCGACAGCCGCCGCCGGGCCGACAGCCGCCGCCGGGCCGACAGCCGCCGCCGGGCCGACAGCCGCCGCCGGGCCGACAGCCGCCGCCGGGCCGACAGCCGCCGCCGGGCCGACAGCCGCCGCCGGGCCGACAGCCGCCGCCGGGCCGACAGCCGCCGCCGGGCCGACAGCCGCCGCCGGGCCGACAGCCGCCGCCGGGCCGACAGCCGCCGCCGGGCCGACAGCCGCCGCCGGGCCGACAGCCGCCGCCGGGCCGACAGCCGCCGCCGGGCCGACAGCCGCCGCCGGGCCGACAGCCGCCGCCGGGCCGACAGCCGCCGCCGGGCCGACAGCCGCCGCCGGGCCGACAGCCGCCGCCGGGCCGACAGCCGCCGCCGGGCCGACAGCCGCCGCCGGGCCGACAGCCGCCGCCGGGCCGACAGCCGCCGCCGGGCCGACAGCCGCCGCCGGGCCGACAGCCGCCGCCGGGCCGACAGCCGCCGCCGGGCCGACAGCCGCCGCCGGGCCGACAGCCGCCGCCGGGCCGACAGCCGCCGCCGGGCCGACAGCCGCCGCCGGGCCGACAGCCGCCGCCGGGCCGACAGCCGCCGCCGGGCCGACAGCCGCCGCCGGGCCGACAGCCGCCGCCGGGCCGACAGCCGCCGCCGGGCCGACAGCCGCCGCCGGGCCGACAGCCGCCGCCGGGCCGACAGCCGCCGCCGGGCCGACAGCCGCCGCCGGGCCGACAGCCGCCGCCGGGCCGACAGCCGCCGCCGGGCCGACAGCCGCCGCCGGGCCGACAGCCGCCGCCGGGCCGACAGCCGCCGCCGGGCCGACAGCCGCCGCCGGGCCGACAGCCGCCGCCGGGCCGACAGCCGCCGCCGGGCCGACAGCCGCCGCCGGGCCGACAGCCGCCGCCGGGCCGACAGCCGCCGCCGGGCCGACAGCCGCCGCCGGGCCGACAGCCGCCGCCGGGCCGACAGCCGCCGCCGGGCCGACAGCCGCCGCCGGGCCGACAGCCGCCGCCGGGCCGACAGCCGCCGCCGCGGAAGCCACGAAAGACGCCCCAACAACGUGGGCUAACACCGCCUUCACCACACCCAUGGCAGCACCACCAUCGACGCUGUCGGACAAGGACAACAACGCCAUCAAGAACCAGGCGUCACAAACGAACGCCAGCCACACCGCCAUCAUGA